AAGGGGGAAGAUAAAAGACUUUGAUUCUUCAUGAAGAAUCUGCUCACUAAGAAGUGUAUAUCAAGCCACUGGUUGAAUGUCCAUCAAAAGAUUGCAGAGAUUAAGUGGAGAAUGGAGAGGAAAGUCGACUCCAGAUCUUUUAGAGAUGGUGCCGUUAAGAAACUUUAUUCUCCAAAGAUGCUGUCCAACAAGAAGUCUUCUGCCGUCUCUGGGAUCCGGAGUGAGGUACCUCGUGCCCGUCAUCCAGUGCAGUACCAUGCCUCACAUGCUUGGACUCAAAGGGGUCGGUUAAGAGAACUGCGCAUCAGAUGUGUGGCCAGAAAGUUCUUGUAUUUGUGGAUUCGAAAGACUUUUGGAAGAGUAUUUCCCUCUAAAGCCAGGUUUUACUAUGAGCAAAAAAUACUACGAAAGGUCUUUGAAGAAUGGAAAGAAGAGUGGUGGGUUUUCCAUCGAGAGUGGAAACUCUGUGUUCGAGCCUUCUGUCACUACAGAUAUUAUUUGUAUAACCUGAUGUUCCAGACUUGGAAGAUCUACGUGUAUCAGCAGCAGGAGAUGAGGAGCAAGUACAUGAGAGCCGAGAAUCAUGAUGCAAAGCAAAAGAUGCGACAGGCCUGGAAGUCCUGGUUGAUCUACGUGGUUUUUCGAAGGACCAAACUUCAGAUGCAGACCGCCGCCCUGCAGUUCAGGCAGCAGAGUAUUUUGUGGGUGUGGUGGAGUGAGUGGAGGCGGCAACUAGGACAGGUCCGUAUGGGCCAUGCUCUCUGUGCCUCAGCUGUGAAGCACAGGACCCUGAGUCUCCAGCUGCAGGCUUGGUCACGGUGGCAGGAACAGCUCCUGCACGUACACAGGGAGAGACAGAAGGUGGUCUCUGCAGUGAAACACCAUCAGCACUGGCAAAAGUGGAGAUCCCUGAAGGCCUGGCUUAAAUACCUACAGGUCCGAAGAGUGAAGAGACAGCAGAACGAGAUGGCUGAGCAAUUCCAUCGAGUCACUGUGCUCCAGACACACUUCUGUGAUUGGCAGUGGGCCUUGGAGCAGAGGGAGAGCUUGUAUACCCACCAGGCACAGGUGGAGGCACUGGCCACGAGGAUGAUGUUGCGUCGAGCCUUUACUCACUGGAAACACUAUGUGCUGCUGUGUGCAGAAGAAGCUGCCCAGUGGAAGGUGGCAGAAGAGCACUGUAGGCGCAGCUUGCUGUACUUUUGCUUUAGAGCCCUAAAAGACAAUGUGACCCGUGCCCACCUCCAACGAAUAAGGAGGAAUCUCGCUCACCAGCAGCAUGAUAUCACGGUGCUGCGCAGGUUCUGGAAGCUCUGGCAAUCUUGGAUUGAGCAGAGGGAGGAAAGAGAGCAGCUCCCCUUACUGCGUGCUGCCUGGGAGCACUACAGAAUAACAUUGCUGUGCAAGUGUAUCAAGUUGUGGUUACAGCAUACUCAGAAGAGGCGAUACAAGCAGCUGUUGCAGGCCAGAGCUGACAGUCACUUCCAGCGGAGAGCCCUGCCUGCGGCCUUCUGGGCAUGGAGAAGACUCUGGCGAUGGCGCCAGCAAGAAAGUAUUUUUAAUGCAAGAGCAGCACGCUUUCACAGGGAGACAUUAGAGAAGCAAGUAUUUGCUAUUUGGUGGCAGAAGAUGUUUCGGCUUCGAGAAAACCGCUUGGCGGAAAGAAUGGCUAUCCUUCAUGCAGAGCGGAAGCUUCUGCAAAGGUCCUGGUCUACGUGGGAGCAGCAGGCUGCAGCACAUCGUCAGGAGCGGCAAUGGCAAGCAGUGGCCUGUGCCCACCACCGCCACAGGCGGCUCAUGAAGGCUUUCUGUAUCUGGAGGGAUAGUGCCCGAGGGCUCAGAUCAGAAAAGGUGGGCAUGGUGCUGGCUGCAGAGUUCCACUCAGCACGGCUCCUGCGUUGGGCCUGGAACAGGUGGAGGGAGUUCCUGGCCCUGCGGGGUGCUGAGCAACAGAAGCUGAUGCGAGCAGACCUGCAUCGCCAGCACAUCUUGCUGCACAGGGCGCUGCAGACCUGGGGGACCUACCAGAGCCAGGUACGGAGUGUCCUACAAGAGGUGGCAGCCAGGGAGAGCCAGCACAAGAGGCAGCUGCUACGGGAUGUAUUACAUCGCUGGAGAGAGAACACCGUGGCCCGUGUGGACGAAGCAAAGAAAACCUCUCGAGCAAGGGCUCACUACACAAGGACUUUGUGUUUCAAGGUCCUGGUCCAGUGGCAGGAGGCUGUGGCGGUGCAGAUAUACUACCGACAACAGGAGGCCUGUGCCAUCAGGGAGGCCCAGAAGGUGCUGGACCGGGGCCGUCUCAGGACCUGGUUUCAGUGCUGGCGGGACCUCUGCCGGAGGGCAGCCCAGCAGAGAGCCCAGCUGGAGAGGGCGGCACAGCAUUACCGCCGGCAGCUGCAGCUGCAGGGCCUGGCCAGGUGGAAGGUGCACCAUCUGGGCUGCCUCAGGAAGAGGAUCCUGCAGAGACAGGGUGCCCAACUCCUGGCCCAGACACUCAGCCGGACCUGCUUCCACCAGUGGAGACAACAGCUGGUGAACAGGAAGCAGGAACAGCAGGGCACGGCCCGGGCCCUGUGGUUCUGGGCCUUCUCCCUACAAGCAAAGGUGUGGGCCUCGUGGCUGGGCUUUGUGCUGGAAAGGAGGAGAAAGAAGGCGCGGCUGGAGCGGGCGGUGCAGGCCUACCACCAGGAGCUCCUCCAGGAUGGCGUCACGCGCCUCCUGCGGUUUGCAGCUGGCACAAAGGCCUUCCGGCAGCAGAUGCAUGCCCAGCAGCAAGUGCAGGCAGCUCACAGUCUCCACCGUGCAGUCCGUCGCUGUGCCAUGCUCUGGAAGCAGAAGGUGCUGGGGGCAGGCAAGGAGCCUCAGCCCCCUACAUCCACCGUCCUUAGCAGGAGAGUGACGUUUGAGGUUCCCCUUCCCGACCAUGUCAUUGCUGCAGCUGGGGAUGCCACCCUGGAGACCAAGAGACUACGAGCUCCUUGGCCUCACGGGGCUCUCGGCAGCCUGGCCCUGGAUGCCGGGGACCCCCAACUCCUGGAGCUCAAUGCUGUGCGCUUAGCAAGGAAGCAGCCGCGACGCCCAGACUUCCUGCUGGAGCCCUUACAGAGCCAGAGGCCCUUGCGGCCUGAGGUGCUGAGGGAGCAAGACCUUGGCAUGGCUCAGCCAGCAGGCCCUUCCCUGACAAGGCCCUUCCUGGCAAAGGCCCAGAAAACACUGAUCCCAAGCAGCCCUCUGCCCCAGCCUGGUGCUCUGCCCAGUCGCCCUGGCCUGAAGUUACCCCCCACAGCAAGUACAGGCCUGGAGCUGCUGCCGCCUUCCUCCUUCAUGUUGCGUGGGGUGGAUGCACCCACCAGAGCUUCAGCACAGCCGACCUCCCCUGGACUUACACCCCAGGCCCUUCCACCCCUAGCCAGUGUCCCCAGUCCCCAUCUGCUCCUUCCUGGGGACUUCACAGGCACCCAGCCUGGCUCUGAAACCAGAGGUGUGUACCUGAGGCCUGUCAGCGCAGCAAGUACUCGGGCUACUCCUGGCACCUGGGCUCCCUCAGUUCAGCCUGGGCCCAGCCAAGAGGGUGGUCAAGACCAAGUUUACUCUCUUGUUGCCAUGGGCCACACUGACCUGGAGGCUGAGCUUGAGGACAUCCAGCGGCAACUGCAGGACUACCAGACCAUGAAGCAGAACCUCUGGUCCUACCAGCGGCAAGCGAGUAGCUUGCGCCGGUGGCUGGAGCUGAGCCGGGAGGAACCCAAGUCUGAGGACCAGGAAGCAGAGCUGCAGGUGCAAGAACAACUGCAAGAGGUGGAACUACAGAUCCAGCAGCUGGCUGCAGAGCUCCAGGCCCGGCGCCAGCCUAUCAGUGCCUGCAGUGCCCGUGUCCAGGCCCUGCGGCAGGCUCUGUGCUAGAGCCAUCGCCCCAGGGAGGCCUCAGCCCACCUCCAGGAACAGACUACAAAGCUAAAAUGUUUUAUUUUUUUAUUUCAAAAUGUUGCAAUUAAAUGAAUUACUGUUCA